GUUGAUAAAGAUGCAUUGGAUACCCAGGUCAAGGAUCGGAAAAUUCAAGAAGCAGCUGAAAAAGCACAAAAUGAAGAACUUGCUAAUGAAAUGAAGCAAAAUGACAAGAUCAUGUGUAUGUUAGAAGAACAACAAAAAAAUGCUAUCAGAAACAUAAAUAAGGCUAUCAGUGAAUUUCGGAAGAAUUUUCAGAAGCCAGAGACAAGACGUGAAUUUGACCUGUCUGAUCCGCAAGCCCUGAAGAAGGAUAGACCUGCUCGACUUUCAGACAAUGAUCCUCGAUGUACUGUGUCUGGCUUGCAGAAGUUUAUGGGUGAAGACUUAAACUAUGAUCAGAGGAUAAGAUUUCAGAAGGAGCAGUUAAGGGAGUGGUCUCUUCAGCAACAGAGAGACUGGAAGAAUGCAUUAGCCGAUCAAAAAUUUGCAGAUGAUCUUUAUGACAAGAAUAGAAUUGAACUUGACCAAAAGAUUAUGGAGCAACAGCAAAAAGAAGAAGAAAACAAGCGUGCGGUUUGUGCAGCUAUCAAAGACUUCAAUAGAACCCAGGCUGCUGAACUAGCUGAGAGAAAGAAGUUGGAAAAGUAUCAAAAAAUGAAGGAUGACAUGGAUGAAAUUUCCAGCCUCCUUCAAGGAGACUUACUUUCUGAAAACCCUGAACAAGCUGUCAGUUCCUUUGGUAGACAUCGUGUGGUCACAGAUCGAUGGAAGAGAAUGAAUCAGGAUCAGCUGAUAGCAAUCCGUUACUCUCAGCAGCAACAAGUUCUGGAGAAACAG